AUGGAGAUGUUACCAGAGGAGGUUAGCCACUUUGUCCACUUAAUGCUUGAUGCCCAGGACAAAGGUUGUCUUACUUCAAAUACUUUCACAAAGAAAAAGUUUGAUGAGAUUGCUAAGGAGCUGUAUAGUCGCUUUCCAAACAAACGGCCUUUCUCAGAGCCAGAACAAUGGGCUCAGUGGAUCCAGGAAAAUAGCAAAUUCAAGAAGUUCAGGGAGCAAGGGGUAAUGCACUAUGAAGAGAUGUCCAAGUUGUUCAAACAGAUAACUGCUUCCGGGGAUUGGAGAAGGGAUACAUCACAUGUGCCUGCUGACUCAGAUGAAGAAAGACAACAAGAGCAACAAUUUUGUAGUACAUCUUUGAAUCGAUCUGGUCAUAUGGGUGCUGAUGUUGCAGCUUUUGGGGCUGGUCGUGUCCUAGAAGUUGGUGGCUCUUCCCGGAAAAGUGGUAAAGGAAAAAGGACAAUGGACAGUGGUGUGAGUGAAGGUGGUCUUUCCAAGAAAAGCAGGGAGGAGAUGCAGGAUGCAGCUGUUUUGAAAUGGUAUGCCAAGCAGCAACAGAAGGAGGAUGAUAAGGAAACCCUUGUCCAGUGCAUGGCAAUACUCAAAUCCAUGCAAAUAACUGAUCAUAAGCUCUAUGUGCAGGCAACUGAAUACUUGAAGGAUCCUCAAAACUGCCAAAUUUUCCUUUUGUCUGAUUCUGAAUUCCGCUUAUCCCUCAUUCUUGACCUUUAA